AAGGUGCCUUUUACAACACUGCUUUACGCCCAUAUAAACGGAGCGGUUAGGAAUUCAUUCCCCCCCCCCGCUGAAUUAGAACCUGGAUCGGAGAUAUUUUUGGAGACUUUUAGUGUUUUCCGCUCUAUCGUCCGGUCGGGACAUGCCGAGAGGCGGAGGCACAUUUUGGUCUUCCCUCCUCCUCCUCCUCCUGCUCCUCCUCAAGUUGGGAGCUUGACGCUGGCAUGUCAUGAAGUGAAGUACCAGGAAGUGGACCACCUGAGUCGCCAUGACGUCACGCAUCCACAUGACCCGUCUCAGGAAUCUUUAAGGAACAAACUUGUGGAUACAAUUGAAGUUGCAAAGACGAGCUUGGAUUUCUCUCCUUUUCUUCUGAGCUGCCGCCUAACGAGCCCCUUCCAGUUUGUAUUUUAAUUUUUUAUCCCACACCCACCCCUGCCCCCCCACUGGAGCACCGAACACCACCGCCGCCAUGCAGACCUCGUCGCUGCGCCGGCAGAUGAAAAAUGUGGUCAACAACUACACUGAGGCGGAGAUCAAGGUGCGCGAGGCCACCUCCAACGACCCGUGGGGCGCCUCCAGCUCGCUGAUGGCCGAGAUCGCCGACCUGACCUACAGCGCGGUGGCGUUCACCGAGGUCAUGGGCAUGAUCUGGAGGCGGCUCAAUGACCACGGCAAAAACUGGCGCCACGUUUACAAGGCGCUCGCCCUGCUGGACUACCUGAUCAAGACGGGCUCGGACCGCGUGGCGCAGGAGUGCCGGGACAACAUCUACUCCAUCCAGACCCUGAAGGACUUCCAGUACAUAGACCGCGACGGACAGGACCAGGGUAUCCACAUCCGCGAGAAGGCCAAGAAACUGGUCGCUCUGCUGAAAGAUCCGGAAAAGCUGAAGAAGGACCGGGCCCAGGCGUUGAAGACCAAGUCGCGCAUGGUGGGGGUCUACGGCGAAUACGGGGAGCUGCCUCCUCCGUAUCCGGGUGCCCACCCCACCCACUACGGGAUGUACGCGUCCAGAAGUUCUCCUCCUUCUCUCCACUCCUCCUCUCCCUCGCCGAAGCUGGCGGCAGACAUGGAGCAAGCUCGGCCUACCACCACGGGGGAGGAGGAGCUCCAGUUGCAGCUGGCCCUGGCCAUGAGCCGGGAGGAGAGUGAAAAGUCAGUCAAGCGGACACCCGCCUCGCUGGACAUGGAUGAGGACUCCCAGCUCCGCUUAGCGCUGAACAUGAGCAAGGAGGCACACCAACAGGAGCAAGUCGGUCGCCAGGGAGACGAGUCAAUGCUCAAGAAAGCUUUGGAGGAGAGCAAACGCGAGAUGGCGUCUAAAGGCGGGACCGCCUUCAUGGACCUGGUCGAUGUUUUUGCAGUGGCCAAAGAUCCGCCUCCAAGUGAAAAUGUGUGGCGUAAAAGCCCGUUCCAGGGGUCCGCUCUCGCGGGGGGCACGGACCCUUGGGACCCCUUGGACGGAAGCAGCGGCUCGUCCAGAGUGGAUUCUCCCUGGAUGGCGCCGCCCGCCUCCAACAGCCCUCCGCCGCCCUGGGAGCCCAGCCCGCCCCCGGUCAACCCUUGGGACCCCCCGGCUGGCACUGCCUCCUCCAACCCAUGGGCCACGGGAUCGUCUGCAGUGGAUCCUUUCACAAGACCAAAACGGUCUCCUCGCCGAGCUGUAAGCCCCUCAGAUGGCGAUCUGUUCGACGAGGCCAUGGAUGGAGGGAAUCUCAACGGGCAGAGGGAAGGCAGCCCCGAGAUGUUUGACUUUUACCAGUUGGGACAGAGCCUGGCGGAACCCGACCCUCGCGCGCUGCGCACCCCCGAGUCCUUCCUGGGCCCCGCCGCCGCUUCGCUGGUCAACCUGGACGCUCUGAUCACUGCCAACGCCCAAGCCAACGCCAUGAACCCUUUUCUAUCAGGCGCGGGUCCUUCCACCACCGUCAACCCGUUCCAGCCGGAGCCGGCCAGACCGACUCUGGGUCAACUGGGCUCGGGCUCGGGCACGCUGCAGCCUUCUCUGCCCUACAGCGCCUCCCUGCCUCUGCCCGCCAGCCAGCAGCCGGCCAGCCUUCCGUCGUCCUUCACCCACCCGACCCACGCCGGCGGCCUGGAGCUGCCCCAGCCUCUCUUGCCCCUCUCCACGGGCGGCGCUCCGGCGUCGCAGCCCGCGCUGAACAAUCAGAACCCUUUCCUAUGAGGAACAAUUAAACUACAGUCGCAAAAAGGGAAAAUGAACUGCAGCCCGAAGGAAUUGAGUGACACCACCUCCCACUGUUUGUUUCCCCCCCUACAUUGUGGCAUAACAAGCUAAUGGAUGCAGUAACAGGUUAGAAAUUAUGUAUCAUGUAAAACUUCUUUUCAGGCUAUCGGCAAUCGGCUAACGUGUCAAAAAGAAGAAAAAAACCUGUAAAUUGUCGCCGUUGCACUUUGGCUUUUAUUUCCACUCAAAUGUGUUCCGCCUUUGUCUAGUCAACAAUCCUGUCGCACACUCAGCUGUUUGUGGCACCUGCUGCUGCUGCUGCUGCUGCUGCUGUUAUACACUAUGGACUCAAACAGCAUUGUCACUUAUAAUUGGGCUGAAUUGGAAGAUAAUGUAGUUUGGGAAAGUGCUUCAGGUUUUACGCUAAUCAAUCAACACCAAAUUAGUAGAAUGUAAUCGAAGCACUCCAUCAAUUGCUUCUAUUUGAUAUAGAUACUUGAUAUUUCCUCAAAUAGUGGCCGACCCUCAAAAAUAGAUGCUGUGACCAUAAUAAUCACUUGGAAAAAUAAACCCUUUCUUCAAAUAAAUGCCCCCACCUCCCUCCCCAAACAAAACAGGAUAGUAGCUGGCAUUGUUUCAGUUCCUAGGCGCUUAUGUGGAGACUAGAUUCAGGUUAAUGCUAAGAUGAGCCCAUUUAAAACUCUUGCUAACCAAAACAAUAGAACCCACUGCAUCCUUAGCAUGUUUGUUUUUGUUAAGCAAUGUUAGCAUCAUGUAAAACUCAUUGUAAGGCUACCUGGCUAACGUGAGCCCAUUUUGAACUCUGUUGCCAACACAUUUGCUGACCAAAACAGCAGCGUGGAAACAGUAUUUCAGAUGAAUUAAAGUCUGGAGUCUUACCUCUUGUGUGAACGAGUUCCCUUCGAAAGCUGAUCUAUUGUUAUGCGGAGACUAAUUUCAGGCUAUUGCUACCGUAUGCCCAUUUUGAAAUCUGUUGCUAACCUAAACAGCAGCACCCAUUGCAUCUUUAGUGCGUUUCUGUUCUUUGUUAAGCGGCAUUCGUGUUGAAAAACGAAAUUGUCAGGGGUGAAUAAGGUGCGACCGUUUUGAACGGCGUUGCUAAUGCUGUUGCUAACCAAAACGGCAGCACGUAACGUGAGCAUAUUUGAACGCAGUUGCUGUCCAGAACAGCAGAACGUGAAGUCUUCCAAAUUAAUUCAAGUGAGGGGACUUGACCGAAUGGUGCAAACUCAACUUUUCACGACGUAAAUCUUAACAUACCGGUAACGUUUAAUAUCAGGUAAAAGCAUCUCUCCCCCCCCCCCCCCAUUUGAUGUUGACUUUAGACCCCUGCUGGAUCAUCAUAAACAUGCAUCAUGUUUAUAAGGCCUGUAUUUUUUUAAAAGAAAUCUCAGAGCACACCACCAAACAAGUGGAUGCAGUUUAACUAUGUAUCUUCUGCCAUCUAGUGGAAAAGCAUGGAAUUGUUCUGCCAGUCCCUAUACGUCGCUGGCAUAGAUAGAUGAACAAAGACAUUUGUCGUAAAUAAUUUUCAGAUCAAUUAAAACAUCCCUAUAUUCACCCAAAAACAUUUUUUAUUGAACAUUUUCACUAUUUCAUAUACAUACGGUACAAAAACGGCUGUGUGUUUCUUUUUCCUGGUACGGGCUCUCAAAAAAUAAACAUGACGCUUGCUCUGUCUUUUACUUUAAAUCAAAACAAUGAAUAAUCGUACAUAUUGUUGUACUCCAAUAAAAUGUUGUCCAUGUACAAUGGUUUGCUUUCUGCCAUCCGUUUUGACAAGUUCAAUUAAACCAAGUUUUACCAUGUCAACAGUACAGUAUUUGCAAAAUCAAAUCACACGAAGAUAACAACCACAACAAACAUUUCAACUUGUGUAGCGAUAUAACCCCCCACCCCCAUGAUGUGCAAUUCAAAUCAAGUCUGAUCUAAUUGGUCUGAUCUAAUAAAGUAUGAUCUAAUUG